AUGGCGGCCCGUGUCCUCUCGGCCUGUGUCCGCCGCCUCCUGCCCCGGCCGCCGCCGCCACUCGCACCGCGUUCCGCCGCGCUCGCCACCCUCUGUGUCCGCCGCCUUCAGGCCCCGCCAUGCGAGUUCCCGCCGCUGUCGCAGCUGCUAGCGCAGGUACCGCGGGCGGCCUGGCCGACGUGCCGCCGCUUCUCCGAACUGCCGCCCCUGACCUUGUCUGACAUCAAGGAACGAGUCCUCUACGUCCUCAAGCUGUACGACAAGAUCGACCCGGAGAAGCUCACAGCUGAAUCCCAUUUUAUGAAAGACUUGGGUUUGGACAGUUUGGACCAAGUGGAAAUCAUCAUGGCUAUGGAAGAUGAAUUUGGGUUUGAGAUUCCUGAUGGAGAUGCAGAGAAGUUGAUGUGUCCACAAGAGAUUGUAGAUUACAUUGCAGAUAAGAAAGAUGUCUAUGAAUAGAAAGUGUGCUGCAAAGCCAGGAGCUGUUUCCACCACCCAGGCCGGGCUGGUGCCAGCGGGCAGGCUGUGAGGGCACAGGCUGCCCACUGCUGCUUUCAUCCGAGAGUCGUGCGUGGCCACUGUAUUUAAACUGUCUGGGGAUCUCCUCCUCACAAACCAGAGAAAAAGAAAUAAAAACACCUUA